AUGUUGCAGCAUGACAUCUGGCAAACCCUAGAUCGCAUUACAUACGAACAAGCCGCGAAGACCCUCACACUAUCCUCUAAAAGACAGAAACAGAAAUACAUAAAUCAUCCGUCACAAAAAUCCACAACCUUCUCUACUCAACGUCAAGAACCUAUCCAACAAAGGCCUGUCUUAAGAUACUAUGGCUGCCCUACAUCUGCACUUGCCAAAGGCCCUAACUUCGCAGUGGCACCUAGAAAGGUUCCAAAGGAAAAAAUUAUCAGCCAAAUAGAGCCAACCAUCUACCGACUCCCAUCAGAACAAACAGAUAAUAUCCGCAGACAGGUAACCAACAUCCUUUCCAAAGCCAAACCCCCUCCACCAAAUAUCACUAGACAAGAGCGAUUGGCCCUCCAAGACCUGAACAGGGACACAGACAUCAUCGUGCUUCCAGCCGACAAAGGCAACACGACAGUAGUCACAUCAGAUUAUAAGAAAAAAAUAAAGAACCUUCUCUCGGACAAAGCAUACAAAAUGCUUGACAGAGAUCCAACUGACACAAUCGCACAGAACACCAAGAUCCUAGUGGAAAAAAGCAACAUUUCCAAUGAAACAAAAACAACAUUAAAACCUACAAAUCCUCUCCCACCAAGACUAUACGGACUACCGAAAGUACACAAAUCAAACAUUUCGCUCAGACCGAUUGUUAGCGCCAUACACUCCCCGACAUACAACUUAUCGCGCUUCCUAGCACGAACACUACAACCUCUCACUGAAAAAACCGAAUCACACAUAACCAACUCAACGGACUUCAUACAAAAGAUUCAAAAAAUCCGACUACGACCCAUAGACCUGCUCGUAAGUUUCGACGUAGAAUCCCUUUUCACACAAGUCCCAAUAAAAGACACAUUAAACAUAAUAAAGGCCUCACAUGAAGUCCCUCUCGACCUCAUCCCGCUAAUAGAGCACUGCUUGACAAGCACUUAUUUCUCCUAUAACAACCAAUUUUAUGAACAAACUUCAGGAGCGGUGAUGGGCUCUCCUAUUUCUCCUGUAAUCGUCAACAUCUUCAUGGAGCAUUUUGAGAAAGAGGCCCUCAGAAAAACAUCCAAAAAACCAGAAGUUUGGUUCCGUUAUGUACGAGUUGCUCAGCCAGUACUAAAACUCGCAUCGUCUGAAGCCAAAUUAGCAACACAGCCAAUAGCACAGCCAGCACUGUUGCCAACACGGCAGCAAGCACGCAAAUCCAGCUAG